CUUCUUAGCACCGAACCACUUCCUCGUUAGACUCACCAACUUGUUCACUUUACCCAUCGAAACCAGUUUCUGUGUUCACUUUCACUUUCCUCUCUUGUUUUGUUUUCUUCUGGAAAAACCCACGAAGACACUCGAUCGGGUAAGGAUAAUGGGGAAACUCUGGACAUUCAUCACCCAGGUUCAUUCACUUUCAGGGCCAGGGUUAUCGUUGCUGUACCCCUUAUAUGCAUCUGUGAUAGCCAUUGAGAGCACAACAAAACUGGAUGACGAACAGUGGCUUGCUUAUUGGAUCUUGUACUCAUUCCUCUCUCUCAUGGAGAUGCUUCUCCAACCCAUUUUGGAGUGGAUACCAAUCUGGUAUGAUGUGAAGCUUCUCUUUGUGGCAUGGCUAGUACUACCACAGUUCCAAGGGGCAGCUUUCUUAUAUGAAAGAUUCGUGAGAGAGCAAAUCAAGAAAUAUAGAGGUACUGUGAGAGAUGAUCAUCAUGAUCACCACAAGUCCCCCAAUGGCAACAAGGGCAAGACCAAGUUCGUGCAUUUCAUCGUCCCAAAGAAAGGGGAUCAUGAGGCAUCUUGAAGAGAAAGGACUCUGUGGGACAUAUACAUUUUCCUUGCUAGCUGGUUGGGUGGAUCGUCUCCUUCAACGUGUAGCUAGCUUUUCUGGUUUUUCUUCUUUUGGUGUACGUUGUGGUAUAUUUGGCGGAUAUUGUACUUAAUUUCUAACUUCAAAAGACAUUUAAUUUUCUGUUACUAUGUAAUCAGAUGGCCUUCUAAUCUUGAAACCUUUGAUUCUGUGA